CCAAUUCACCAUAAUCUACUUUUGUAUUAUGAAAAAUCUGUUAAGUAGAACAGUCAUUGUGGAAAAAAUACACAGAAAACUAAAUGACAAAAGUGUUUCAGGAAAGUGUUUCAAAAUGUCAUCAAUUUUAGCUAUGCUGGUGAUAACUGUUUAUAUAGAAAUGGUACCAGGAUUUCAGGAUAAUAUAGUCACAGUCGGAGUUAAAAGAGGAGAAAAAGUUGUUUUAAAAUGUUCAAGCUGCGGAUCUGGAGGGACUUGGUUAGGUCCGAAAGUCAACAAAGCAAACGGAACAACUUUGACUUAUUUUACAAAUUAUCGUAAAAACCCGAUAUUGAACCAGUCAAAGUAUUUUGUGCAGGCAAAUGAAGGAAACUAUGACUUGAAUAUUCUAAAUUUUCAAAAAGAAGACACUGGUGUUUAUAUAUGCAGAUUUCUCAAUAACGGGACAUUUAAUGAAAAUAAGUAUAACGUUUUAUUACUAGAGUAUUCAUCAAGUACGACGAUGUUCUACGUCGAAGGAAGGAAUACUGCUCCAGAUACUACUUCAGAUUGGGCAACAAACACAGUACUUCUAAAAGAAGAUAAUCGUUGUACAUGUAAUUCGACACCGAAUUAUGAGUAUUGGAAGGUAUCAGGUGGUUUCUUAGGAGGAUUUUUUGUAUGCUUAAUCUGUUCAAAUAUAUAUUAUUACCUCAAACGUAAGAAAGCAUCAAAUGACAUAUUCGAAGUUCAAAGGGAGGUUCAGUAUGAUGGAAUAGGCACCAUUAACUAUAAUGUUGUUAAUAUCGAAACAUUGCGUGACGAUAUAAGAGAUAGAAUGUCUGUAAUUCAUUUGUCUGGGAUCAAUAUCGAAACCAGUUCUGCUAAAUCACAAACUUCAAGCUACAGUUCUACCAUAGAUUCAUUAUCAAGAAAAACAGAAGGAUCUGAAAAUACAUACGAAUCAAUAAACCUCGAUCAAGAUAAUACUCAGGAAUAUAGAAAGAGUGCUGGAAACACUAUAACAUCAUCUAGUUUCUAUGACAUUGAUAAAAGUUCUACCAAAUCACAAACCUCAAACGACAGUUCUACCAAUGAUUCAUUAUCAAGGAAAACAGAAGGAUCUGAAAAUACAUACGAAUCAAUAAACCUCGAUCAAAAUCAUACUCAGGAAUUUAAAAAAUGUGAAGUUAGUACCACAACUUUAACUAGCUUAUAUGACAAUACUUUGUUUUUUCAAAAAAGUCAAAAAAUGAAAGGUGAUCCAGAUGAUAAAACCCCAUGGCUAUUUAUUUACAACCGCAUAGAAAAUUAGAUAAAAGUAAUCACCAAUCGAUUAACAUGUACAAGAAGAGCAAAAAAACCUUUAAUUAUGUAAAUUUGUUAUUUUGAUAUCAAUGAAGGUCUCGAUAUGGAAGUUAACGAGGAGGAAAACACAUCAAAAGGGGGAAACUUUCAUGUUGUUCUCAUGCAGGCGGUGUUAAUUUCUCAUUCAUUUGUGAUUCCAAAACCCUUAUUCAAUACAUACAAUUUAGGUGAAGUGGUGCUUAAUAAAGCCAUACAAUUUACGCAUUGCCAAGUACUUUGUUUAUUAAAGUUUGUCUGCUUUUAUGAUGACAAAGAAUUCUGUAAAGCUAACAACUAUUGGUCAAAUAAGAAACACCAGUGACUUCAUACAGGAACUUCUUAGGAAGAAAGAUAAGAAGUUAGCAAUAUCCUUUAACUCUACGUUCCGCUAUAUAGAUGAUGUUCUCUCACUAAAUAAUACAAAAUUUGGUGACUAUGUUGAACGAAUCUAUCCCAUCGAACUAGAGAUAAAGGAUACUACAGAUACAGUUAAGUCUGCCUCAUAUCUUGACUUACAUCUAGAAAUUGACAAUGAGAGUCGGUUGAAAACAAAACUUUACGACAAAAGAGAUGAUUUCAGCUUCCCAAUUGUGGACUUUCCAUUUCUAUGUAGCACAUUCCAGCAGCGCCUGCAUACGGAGUAUAUAUCUCCCAAUUGAUACGAUAUUCCCGGGCUUGUGUUUCCUAUCAUGAUUUCCUUGAUAGAGGAUUGCUGCUCACAAGGAAGCUAUUAAGCCAAGAGUUCCAAAUGGUGAAGUUGAAAUCAUCCCUUCGUAAAUUUUACGGACGCCAUCACGAGUUGGUUGACCGUUAUGGAAUAACCGUUUCACAGAUGAUAUCGGAUAUGUUCCUUAUGUCGUAACUACAAUACCCUUCCCUUUUCACGAAUGUGACUUACCGAAUUAGACUAUUUACCGGAUUUGUAAUAACAUAAGCAACACGACGGGUGCCACAAGUGGAGCAGGAUCUGCUUACCCUUUCGGAGCACCUGAUAUCACCCCCAGUUUUUGGUGGGGUCCGUGUUGCUAAGUCUUUAGUUUUCUAUGUUGUGUCAUCUGUACUAUUAUUUGUCUGUUUGUCUUUUUAUUUUUGGCCAUGGCGUUGUCAGUUUGUUUACGAUCUAUGAGUUUGACUGUCCCUCUGGUAUCUUUCGUCCCUCUUUUAUCGAUGUGCAAGUCUUAUAUUUCUAUUUAGAAUGAAUAAAUCAAGAUACAAUUAGCACCUUCCAGGUACCUCUCUUGCAAACCUGGUAAAAUAUGCAAUAUUUAAAUAAGCUUUAGUGGCAGCUAUCAUUUAAAGUAUUGUGAACAGGUUGAUUACUUCAGAUUAAGUUAUGUUCCUAUUUUCGUAGGCCAAUUUAGCUGUUCAGAGAUUCUUUGUGUCUAGUACAAUUCUCAAGACAACAGCCCAAAAGGGCAGAACAAAGAGGUUAUAAUUAAGAAUGGUUAUAAAAUGGCAAUAGCUCCUACAGUCUUUUAUAGGUGUAAGCUUCAAUAAAAUGAGAAAGAGUAAAUGAAUUUAUCAUAGAUACAAAAAUUGACAUUUUGUACGUAAGACGCGCGUUUCGUAUAAAAAUGUUUAAUUCAAUGACGCUCAAAUAAAAACGGUUAAAUAGGCCAAAUGGUGUAUGCUGUAUGACAUGCCGAAUGCCGAAUUUUUAUUUUAAUUUGUUUUAUAAAAGAUAUAUUGAAAUAUACAAUUCCCACAAACUGGAUGCAUUGUUGGUAAAUCUGAAUGGUUAAGAUCAGAUAUUAUUUUUAAGGAAUCUGUUUAUUUAUCUUAUUAUUUGAACGUUUUUUACUAUAUUUAAGUUUAUCUAUUGGCUACACAAUUCGAUGUUUUAUUUUGUGGUGCUUUAAUGUAAAAUGAUAUUAAAGUUUCUUAUUACUUUA